AUGUUAAUGCCUGUAAAUUCAUGGACCCUCCCCUCAUCUAUCCUAAUCCUUUGUUUUUCAGUCUCAUAUCUUUUCUUCCCUUUUGGAGUUUCCGCCAUUAAUGAACAGGGUCAAGCUCUACUCAAUUGGAAGCUAAGUUUUAAUGGAUCAAACGAGGCUCUAUAUAAUUGGAACCCCAACAAUGAAAAUCCAUGUGGGUGGUUUGGAAUCACUUGCAAUAGAAAUAGAGAAGUAGUGGAAGUAGUAUUGAGAUACGUGAACUUACCAGGAAAGCUUCCAUUGAAUUUCUCUCCAUUGUCAUCCUUGAACAGGCUUGUCUUGUCUGGAGUGAAUCUCACUGGUUCAAUUCCUAAAGAGAUCAGUGCUCUUACCCAGUUGCGUACCUUGGAACUCAGUGACAAUGGCUUAACGGGAGAAAUUCCAAGUGAAAUAUGCAAUUUGGUAGAUCUUGAACAGCUUUACCUCAAUUCAAAUCUACUCGAAGGGUCGAUACCUGCAGGUAUCGGAAAUCUCACAAAUUUGAAGGAGCUGAUUCUGUAUGAUAACCAGUUAAGUGGUGUAAUUCCCAUUAGCAUAGGGAAUUUGAAGCAGCUUGAAGUGAUUAGAGCUGGAGGGAACAAGAACUUACAUGGUUCUGUGCCGGAAGAAAUUGGUAAUUGCAGUAGUUUGGUGAUUCUUGGUUUAGCUGAAACAAGCAUCUCCGGCUUUCUUCCAUCUAGUCUUGGCCGACUGAAGAAGCUUCAAACAUUGGCAAUCUAUACUGCACUUCUCUCCGGCCAGAUUCCUCAUGAACUUGGUGACUGCAUUGAGCUUCAAAACAUCUAUCUCUACGAGAAUUCGCUCUCCGGUUCGAUCCCAAGCACAUUAGGAAGGCUACAGAAUCUUCAGAGUGUGCUAAUAUGGCAGAACAGUUUGGUCGGUGUAAUACCGCCGGAGCUCGGUAGGUGUGACCAAUUGUUCGUCAUCGACAUUUCAAUUAAUUCUCUGACGGGAAGCAUCCCUUCAACAUUUGGUAAUUUAACAUUGCUCCAAGAAUUGCAGCUGAGUACAAAUCAAUUAUCCGGUGAGAUUCCGAAGGAGAUCGGAAAUUGUCCGAGAAUCACUCACAUCGAGCUUGAUAACAACCAGCUCACUGGUACGAUUCCCUCUGAAUUGGGAAAUCUCACCAAUCUUACAUUGCUGUUCUUGUGGCAAAACAAGCUUGAGGGAAGUAUUCCACCCACCAUUUCGAAUUGUCGCAAUCUCGAGGCGUUGGAUUUAUCACUGAAUGCCUUCACAGGUCCAAUUCCGACGGGAAUUUUCCAGUUGAAAAAACUUUCCAAGCUUCUGCUUCUUUCCAACAACCUCUCCGGUGUGAUACCGCCGGCAAUAGGUAACUGUUCGGCUCUGUUUCGGUUCAGAGCUAACAACAACAAGCUCACCGGAGAAAUUCCGCCGCAGAUUGGGAAUUUGAAGAACUUGAUUUUCCUAGACCUCGGAAACAAUCACCUCACUGGAGCGUUGCCUCCGGAGAUUUCCGGCUGUCGAAAUUUGACAUUCCUCGAUAUGCAUUCCAACUCUCUCAAAUUUCUUCCACAAGAAUUCAACCAGCUUUCUUCCCUCCAGUACGUUGAUCUCUCAAAUAAUCUAAUCGAAGGGUCGCCGAAUCCGAGUUUUGGAUCUUCCAACUCGCUCACGAAACUCGUUCUCUCAAACAACCGCUUCUCUGGACCGAUACCAACUGAAAUCGGUACCUGCUUGAAACUGCAGUUACUGGAUUUAAGUUGCAAUCAGCUUUCCGGAAACAUUCCUCCAAGCUUAGGCAAGAUUCCUUCACUAGAAAUUAGCCUCAAUCUGAGCUUAAACCAACUAACCGGCGAGCUUCCGUCGGAGUUGGCAAAUUUAGACAAGCUAGGGUCAUUGGACCUCUCUUACAACCAACUCUCAGGUGACCUCCACAUUCUCGCAGACAUGCAGAAUCUCGUAGUCCUCAAUGUAUCACACAACAAUUUCUCAGGACGCGUACCAGAGACGCCAUUCUUCACUCAACUCCCUCUGAGCGUCCUAUCGGGUAACCCGGACUUGUGCUUCGCCGGCGAAAAAUGCUACACCGACAACCACAGCGGCGGCGGUCACCACACACUAGCGGCUCGAGUGGCCAUGGUGGUGUUACUGUGCACGGCAUGCGCAUUGCUAUUAGCAGCAGUUUAUAUCAUUCUCAAAGAUAGACAUUCAUGUCGAAGAUGCUUCAAUGGGUCCCGCGGUGAAGAUCCAGACACCGCCUUCGACAGCGACUUGGAGCUUGGUUCAGGUUGGGAAGUGACACUAUACCAGAAGCUCGACCUGUCAAUCUCCGACGUAAUCAAGUGCUUAACGCCGGCAAACGUCAUCGGCCGUGGCAAGACCGGCGUGGUGUACAGAGCAUGCAUCUCAUCGGGAUUAAUAAUCGCUGUGAAGCGAUUCCGAUCAUCGGAUAAGUUCUCGGCGGCGGCGUUUUCAUCUGAAAUCGCAACAUUGGCAAGGAUCCGGCAUCGUAACAUCGUCCGAUUGCUAGGGUGGGGGGCGAAUCGGAGGACGAAGUUGCUGUUCUACGACUACUUGCCGAAUGGAAAUUUGGGCGCGUUGCUACACGAAGGGAAUGGGCGCGUGGGGCUAGACUGGGAAAGUAGAUUCAAGAUAGCGCUGGGCGUGGCGGAGGGAUUGGCUUAUUUGCACCACGACUGCGUGCCGGCGAUAUUGCACCGGGACGUGAAGGCUCACAAUAUUCUGUUGGGAGAUCGCUACGAGGCCUGUUUGGCGGACUUUGGGCUCGCUCGAUUGGUUGAAGAUGGUCCAAGCGGUUCGUCUUCCGCGAACCCACAGUUCGCUGGCUCAUACGGCUAUUUUGCACCUGAAUACGGGUGCAUGCUGAGGAUCACAGAAAAGAGCGAUGUAUAUAGCUAUGGUGUUGUUUUGCUAGAGAUAAUAACAGGCAAAAAGCCAGCGGAUUCGUCAUUUGCUGAGGGCCAACAUGUAAUACAGUGGGUAAGAGACCAUUUAAAGAAAAAGAAGGAUCCGGUUUUGAUAUUGGAUCCAAAACUUCAAGGUCAACCUGACUCGCAAAUACAAGAGAUUCUACAAGUACUGGGGAUCUCUUUACUUUGUACUAGCGACCGCUCUGAAGACCGACCAACGAUGAAAGACGUGGCGGCUCUUUUAAGGGAGAUCCAACAAGAUCAAAUGGGAACAGCAACAGAGGCUGCUGAAAAACCUCCACGAAAGAAUAGCAAUGCAACAAGUUUUGAUACAACUACAUCGUUUUCUUCUUCCUCUUCUAUGGCUCCUGCAAGUCAUUUGCUUUUCACAUUGCCUCUUCAGGAAUCAUCGCGUUGCUCUUAUGCUUCACUAUCAUCGUCGGGUGCAUAUAUUCCACGCAAAUAAUAAUAUUCGAUGUAAUUUAUGAUUAGGCUUCUUUUUACAUUAUUUAUAAUUAGGCUUUUGAUUUAUGCAUUUAGCAACGAAUAUUAAGAUUAAGAUUAGUGUUCUUUUAAGAUAAUUAGAAAGGGUAAUGCAAGGGAUUUAGAUUUUAGGCCCCUUCUUCCUUUUUUUAUAGAUGGUGAAAGAAAAAAAUAUAUAUUUAUAUAUUUUUUGUAAAUUCAUUAUUAAUUUGGAAGACUUAUAUUUUUUUGCGUUCGUCUAAAGUAAUUGAUUAUUAUUGUUUUUUAGUACAAC